AUGGAUACGCUCGAGCUCCAUGUCUGGGGCCCGGCUUUCGGGCUCCCCUCCGUCGACGCCGAGUGCCUUGCCGCCAUCGCAUAUCUUCACACCGCUCUACCUAGCUCUGAAUGGCGUCUGGUCCCGAGCAAUGACCCUGCCAUCGACUCAUCAAACCGCCUACCAGCCCUCAACGCCAACGGCGUCUGGGUGACGGGUUAUGCCGCCAUCGUAUCCCACCUGCGCAACCUCUCCCCUCACUCCCCCUCCUGGGAUCUGGACCUCGACUCCCGUCUGACGCCGUCCGAGCGUGCAGACGCCCUCGCCCUCGGCGCCUAUGUCGAAAGCCACAUCGCGCCGCUGCUAGACGCCUACCUGUACGCGGAUCAUGACAACUGGUCCGCCGUCACCCGUCCCGCCCUGAGCCAGAUACUCGGGUUCCCCCUGAGCUGGACCGUGCCGGUCAUGCUGCACAACCAGGCCGUCGCGCGCAGCGCCCACCUCGGCUUUGGGGGCCUCGGGGACGACCACGACGACGAUGACGACGAUGACAUCAAGGCGGGGUCGUCAUCGCAGGGUACUACUCUGGAUCGCGCCAUGAAGCACCUCCCCGUCUCAGGGAAGAAGAGCGUGAUGGAGGAAAUGCGUGCCAAGACGGCGAGGGGCAUCAGGUUGCAUGCCGUCACGGUAGACGCGCUCGCACCGCUGGAGGAGCAGCGGGCGAGAGGGGACACGGAAACCGACAAGAAGCGGCGCUUCUUCGAAGGGGAGGUGCCGACGUCCCUGGACUGCCUCGUCCUCGGACACCUCGUCCUCGCGCAGGCCGUCGAGGCGCCGCAGAACUGGCUGCAGGCCAUCUUGUCGAAGAGAUUCCCACACCUGCACGACAUGGUAGACAGCCUCCGCAAGGAGUGCCUGACGAGCCCCGGCGCUCUCCCCUGGGCUCCCGCGCCGGCGUCUAGGCUCCGCACCGCCGCGCGCUUCCUCGACAACGUCGUGCAGUUCACGCCGAACCUCGGCGACGCGUACGUGAACGAGUGGCGGCGGCGCGCCGAGAAGAAGGCCGAGGGCGUCGCGGACCGGAGGACGCUCGCUCUCGCGGGCGGCGUGUUGGCCGCUGGCACCGCCAUCGCGUACGGCAUCUGGACGUACCGCGGCCUGCAGCCGUGGGGCACGCGGACGCAGACGUGGGUGGCGGAGAAGAGGGGUCUCAGCAAGUUUGGCGAGUUGGGCGCCAUGUUGGACUUUUCGUUCGGUCUCGCGGACCCAGUGCCGUCGUCGCAGGUGAGUCCGGCGGCCGGGUGGGGUGGGAGCCUCGAUACCGGGGCGUCUGAGCAUAAGGUUGUUGAGUCGGAGUUGAGUGUGGACUAG